GUUAGUCUCAUACCACCAUCGCGAUGUCCCAACCUAUUGCUCUGUUGUCAGUCUACGACAAGACUGAUCUCCUUGAUCUUGCACAGGGACUUCACAGUGUUGGAAUCCGUCUCCUUGGUUCGGGAGGUACCGCGAAGAAAAUCAGGGAGGCUGGAAUACCAAUCGAGGAUGUUUUUGAUAUUACCAAGGCACCUGAGAUCCUCGGAGGUAGGGUAAAGACGCUUCAUCCUGCCGUUCAUGGCGGCAUACUUGCACGCUCUAUCCCUUCCGACGAACAAGACCUCAAGGCUCAAAACAUCUCCCCCAUCUCCAUCGUUGUCUGCAACCUCUACCCUUUCGCAUCAACCAUCUCAAAACCGACCUGCACACUCGCAGAUGCUGUCGAAGAGAUCGACAUUGGUGGUGUUACCUUGCUUCGCGCGGCCGCCAAGAACCACGAGCGUGUUUCCGUCCUCUCGGAUCCUACUGACUACCGCGCGUUCUUGCAGGCGUUCCAGCAGGGCCAGGGCAAUGUCGGACAGACGCUCCGCAACAGGCUUGCACUGAAGGCGUUUGAGAUGACUGCGAAGUAUGAUGACGCGAUUAGCGGGUAUUUCCGCGAGCAGUAUGCAUCGACGCCCGAGAGCGGACCAGUCCAGCGCAUGGUGCUUAGGUACGGCGCUAAUCCCCACCAAAAGCCAGCCCAGACUUUCGUGGCUGAGGGCGAAUUGCCAUUCAAAGUCCUCAGCGGGUCCCCAGGCUACAUCAAUUUAUUAGAUGCCCUUAAUUCUUACGCGCUCGUAAAAGAGCUUCAAGAGGCCUUGAACCUCCCUGCUGCCGCUUCCUUCAAACACGUCUCCCCUGCUGGUGCAGCUGUGGGUUUAGAACUUGACGAAACAGAGAAGCACGUGUACGGCGUCGAAGAUCUUAAAGAGCCCCUGACGCCUCUAGCUUGUGCAUACGCUCGCGCUCGAGGUGCCGACCGCAUGUCGUCAUUUGGAGACUUCAUUGCACUCUCUGCGCCAUGUGACCUUGCCACAGCACGCAUCAUCUCCAGGGAAGUAUCCGACGGCAUCAUUGCGCCAGGCUACAGCCCCGAGGCACUGGAAGUUCUCAAAAAGAAAAAGGCGGGAAAGUACUGCGUCCUGGAGAUGGACCCGUCAUACAAGCCCUCAGACAUCGAGACGCGUCAAGUAUACGGCGUCAGCCUCCAGCAGCGCCGAAACGACAUCAAAAUUGAUGCCAAGCUGUUCGAAAACCUCGUCACCAAGAACAAAGAUGUCCCAACGCAAGCGCUGACAGACCUCAUCGUCGCGACCCUUGCGGUUAAGUACACGCAGUCUAACAGCGUCUCGUACGCCAAGAACGGCUCUAUCAUCGGUCUGGGCGCCGGACAGCAGUCGCGCAUCCACUGCACGCGGCUCGCAGGAUCCAAAGCGGACAACUGGUGGUUACGGCACCACCCGCGCGUCCUCGCGCUCCCAUUCAAAAAAGGCGUUAAGCGCGCAGAGAAAGCGAACGCGAUCGACCUCUUUGUGAGCGGGGAGGUACUUGAGGGCGGCGAGCGUGCCCAGUGGGAGGGGCAAUUCGAGGAGGUGCCCGCACCGCUCAGCGAGUCGGAAAAGAAAGAGUGGGCGGUGAAGUUAGACGGGGUUGCGUGUUCGAGUGACGCGUUUUUCCCAUUUGCGGAUAAUGUACACCGGGCUAGGAAGAGCGGAGUGAGGUACCUCGCUGCCCCUAGCGGAAGUGUGAUGGACGAGGAGUGUAUCAAGGCCGCAGAUGAGCAUGAGAUGGUGUUUGCACACACCUCGCUCAGGCUCUUCCACCACUGAGGAUGAGGGCUUCCGUAAAAAUAUAACAACAGUAAAAGUGCUUGUAUAUCAUUAUCAUUGUAUUUGAGGUUGAAUUGUACCUCCUGCAACACCCUGAACAUGCAGCUCACAGG